AUGUCAGUUCAAGAUCGGAACGCCACAUCGCAGAACACGAUGUCAUCAUCGUCUCCACGAAACGCCGUCAACUGCAGAGAAAACGAAUGCGACUGGGUCUGGAACGAAAUCAAAGCUGAAGCUCGCCAAAUGCAAAGCGGUGGUAGUGAGCCUUUCACAAUGUCACCGCCGUGGUUGGUGCCGGUGUCCUCAGUCUUCCUUACGCGCUAUCUCAACUCGGAUGGUAUCACUUUUCCUUCAAUCCAAGUCUUUUCUGGGCUUUGGAAUCACAGUACUAGUCCUAUCCUGGGUGAUUACACUCUACACACUAUGGAAAAUGGUGGAAAUGACACGAAAUUGUUCCAGGAAAAAGAUUUGACAAAUACCGUAUUUGAGGUGAUGAGAAAACAAGAAAAGGAUCAUCUUGCUGAAUUGGCUGCAGAGAAGGCUCAUCAGGAAGCCAUUCAGGCUCAACUUGCUAUCGUGACAAUUGAUGUUGGUAGUCCUGAAGCUGAAGUUACCAAAGAGUUUGUUGCAAAAGAGGGAGAUACAGUGGAGCCAGGUAAAAAGGUUGUAAUGAGUAAGCGCCUGAUGAAGUCGAUAUAUUCAAUGAAACUUCGAUCUGAAUAUAAAGAAGCAUUCCUUGAGAAGCAUGGAGUGAAAUUUGGGCUCAUGUCUGGAUUUGUGGAAGUUGCUGUUAGUGGGCUACAAAAUCAACCAAUUAUUAAUGUUGUUCUGAAUGUAAGCAGAUCUAAUAUCACUGAUGAUGGGUGUGACAAAUUUUCAAGUUUGAUAAAUUUGGAGAGCUUGAAUCUGGAUUCAUGUAGAAUUGGGGAUAAAGGACUUGUUCACUUAGCAGAGUUGUCUGAUAUAGCAUUUGGAAACAAUAGUCUUCGUCAUCUCUCUGGUUAG